AGCUUCAUGAUAACUAUAUGUCAAACUACGAACAACCCUGCGGCUUGUGCCCUUCGGGGUGGUAUAGCAACGGGUUAUUUGAUUGACCAUAAAGCGUAGCAGUGCGUCAACAACAAGUUGGUAGUUGAUACGAAAACUUAUAGUUCAGGGGUGAAUUUGCGCUGCAAGCAUUUUUUCAUAUGAAAGUCGGAAGGAUCAAUAAUGUAGCUGUUAUUGGAUUCAUUGGCAACUCGCUAUCUGUCGUUUGGUUACUAUAAAAAUACGUAUUAAAUACUUUUCGACGAUGGAUAAUCUAGUCAAGUCUGCAAAAAAACGUAGUAGCAAAGUCUCAUCGACUAUUGAAGUUGCUACACAAUGCGUUCAAGUAGUAGUACGAUGUCGGCCAAUGGAAGAAAAAGAAAUCGCUAAAAAUUAUGUUAAUGUGGUGGAUAUUUUUCCUUCAAGAGGAGCUGUGGAAAUACGCAAUCCUCGUGAAGAAGCGGACAAAGAUAACGUCAAAGUCUUUUCGUUUGAUUCAGUUUAUGAUGGAAAAUCGUCUCAACAAGAAAUAUAUGAAGAAACUGUUAGGCCUCUGGUUUCUUCAGUCCUUGAUGGGUUCAAUGGUACAAUAUUUGCGUAUGGACAAACUGGAACUGGUAAAACUUAUACGAUGGAAGGUCCAAAAAAUGACGAGGCUAAAAGAGGUAUCAUACCUCGGUCUUUUGAGCACAUUUUCACACAUAUAAGUAGAUCAAAAAAUAUACAGUAUUUAGUGCGUGCCAGUUAUUUAGAAAUUUAUCAAGAGGAAAUUAGAGAUUUACUGCAUCAAGAUCAAAAUCUUCGAUUUGAAUUGAAAGAAAAACCUGAAGUUGGAGUCUUUGUUAAGGAUUUAUCAAAUUCCAUUUGUAAAAGCAGUGAAGAAAUACAGCAAUUAAUGAAGAGUGGGAACCAAAACAGAACCAUUGCAGCCACAAAUAUGAAUGAACAUAGUUCAAGAUCUCAUGCAAUUUUUAUGAUUACAAUUGAAAUGGGAGAUAACUGUGGAAUAAGAGUUGGUCGCUUAAAUUUAGUUGAUCUGGCAGGGAGUGAACGUCAAAGUAAAACUGGUUCCACUGGAGAACGGCUAAAAGAAGCUAGUAAAAUUAAUUUGAGUUUGUCUGCUCUUGGUAAUGUAAUCUCAGCUUUAGUUGAUGGUAAAACUUCACAUGUACCUUAUAGAGAUUCAAAACUGACCAGACUGCUCCAGGAUUCAUUGGGUGGUAACUCAAAAACAAUCAUGAUUGCAAACAUUGGUCCUGCUAGUUACAAUUAUGAUGAAACACUUACAACUCUAAGAUAUGCUAAUAGAGCUAAAAAUAUUAGAAAUAAACCCAGAAUUAAUGAAGAUCCUAAAGAUGCUUUACUUCGACAAUAUCAAGAAGAAAUCCUGAGGCUUAAAGAGCAGUUGACACAGAAAGCUUCAGUGCCAAAAAGAAAACCCAAAGGUAAAGUAAAAGUAGAGGAUGGAAAUGAGGAAUCAGAAUCAGAAGUAAGCCAAGAAGAAAAUGCUCAGGUUUCAGAAAGCGAAAGAAAAUUAAUAGCUGAACAACUGAAAGCAGAAAAGCAGGAAGCUGAAGAAUUAGAGCUUAAAAUAAAAGAGCUAGAAAGUAAAAUGUUGUGCGGAGGAAAAAAUAUUGUUGAUCAUACAAAUGAACAACAAAAAGCAAUUGAACAAAGGGCAACAGAAAUAGCUGAACGUAAAAAACGUGAAGUAGAAAUGCAACAAAAGCUAGAGGAAGAAGAACUCACUACUCUUGGUGUACGAGAAACUUUUACUAAUUUACAACAAGAAGUUGAUGUUAAAUCUAAAAAAUUACGGAAGUAUUAUGCUAAGUUACAAGUUUUAAAACAAGAUUUGGAUGAUGUAACAAAUGAGUAUAAUAGAGAUAGAAGAGAUUUGGAGCAAACUCAGCAUGAGUUGAUGAAAGAAUUGAAAUUAAAAUAUUUGAUAAUAGAAAAUUUUAUACCAAUUGAAGAGAAAAAUAAAAUUCUAGCAAGAAUAAGAUUUGAUGAUGAUGAAGAUCGCUGGGUUUUGAAAAAUCCAGAAAUAUUAAAUAUUGAUCCUAUAAAACGUUUAGUUUCUUCGCCAGGCUUGCGGAGACCCACUUCAGAGUAUGCUCAUACAGCUCUUGCUGUAAAUAAAGGCCUGAGGUAUGCAGGUGAAAAUAUUUUGAACCCUGAGCUUGAUAUGCCUGCCCGUACCACUCUAGAUUAUCAAAAACCAGUAAUUGCUCCCACAAUUCAAGCAGUUUUAGAAAAAGCUUUACGCGAUGAAGGAGAUAUAGAUGUUGAUGCAUCAAAUGCUUCUCUAAAAAACAGAUCACGCUUGCUAUCAGCAAAAUCUCGUCCAAAAUCUAUUGGUAAAAACCAUCAAUCUUCAGCACCAAUUUAUCCAAAAACAAGAGGUUUAGUUCCGAAGUGAAAUACAUUUUUUCUUUAGUUUUAAAAAUAAGCUUUUAUUCAAAUUUGUAACAAUAAUGGAUUUAUAGGCAAGACUCAGAAUUAAUUGAUUAUAUUAUGUUAUAAUUUUAAAUAUUCGAUUUUAAAUUGCUAUUUUUUACAUUAAUCUAUCAGUUUUAAUUCGUAAGAUGUACCAAAGAAACUACAAUGUAAGAAAUAAAAUUUUUAUGAUUUAAAUGA